AUGGUGGAGCACAAGAAGGCUCUACUCCAAUUGCCUUACGGUAGGCGCUCUCUGUCUUAUCUUCUCCAUGAAGAUAAACUUCAAGCCUGGGACCUUUUGGAGCAGGAUCAGCCGACGGACAACGUCACUUACCGCAAGUAUACUGAGUGGGAGCACGAGUUGAAGAAUCUCCAGCUCAAGCUCCCAGACGAGCUUAAGGCUACAAAGUCAAAGCUUGAGGCUAAAGACUCUGAGAUUAAGGACAGGGAAUCGAGAAUCAAGGGGCUUGAAGAGCUAAAUGCCAAGCUCGAGGAGGAGAAGAAGGCCACAUUUGACAUAAUCGAGGGUGAGAAAGUUUGCCCCCUUGAGGAAUUCAAGCAAAAGAAGGAUCACAGACGAUGUGUGGGAUUUGAGAACGCGACGGGGCUUAAAAAAAAGUCCACUGCUAAACUUCAGGACUCCAGAACGGUGAGGAAGAUUGUGAAUUUGGAUGAUCACAUUGCAUUGGCAUGUCCUGGGCUCAAAGCUAAUGCUCGUGUCUUGAUAAACAAGGUGAGAAUUGAAUGUCAAAGCCACCAACUUACGGUUGAGGAUCUAGUAACUGUUGAGUAUAUUACUUGCUACAUUGCUGGUCUUCAACAGAAGUAUACACAAAGUGGGUGUGUUAGAUCGUUUGGGCUUUCAACUUUGAUUAUUGGCUUUGACCCAUACACAGGUGCACCGACACUAUAUCAGACAGAUCCUUCUGGGACAUUUUCAACCUGGAAAGCAAAUGGCACUGGAAGAAACUCUAACUCAUUACGUGAGUUUCCUGAGAAAAACUACAAGGAGACAACUAGGCAACAAACUGUCAAGCUCGCCCUUAGUGCUUUGCUUGAGGUAAGUAAUAGCAAACGAUGCAUAUUUAAUCUAGUUUCAUAA